AUGAAACCUGAAAAGAGGCGCUCUAAAUCAUUGGACGAUAUUAAGCUUAAAGAAAACCGUCUUUCAUGCUACCAAAACACAAGUUCACCCGUAGUGACAUUGAUCAAAAGGCAUAGUUUACGUGAAUUAAACACAACAGAAUACAUGCGUAUGGCAACUAUCUAUGGCUGGGUGACUGUGACAAGAAAACAACCUGAACAUACGCAUGUACCUGUCAUGAACUUAUUUCAAUCCAAGACAGAACCAUCUCCACCCAUUGAGAAUGAUCCUCAUAUCUUUGAUUUAUUAUCCAUCGAUAAUGAUUGCUGUAUUCAUUAUGGUAAAUCAGACCGUACAGUGACUUCUGCUCUUGUCGAGAAAUUGAUCGAGAAACUCACGCGAGAGAUAGACAAUGAAUUCUUGAUGGAUUUCUUUCUUGUGUUCAGGCAAUUUCUGACGCCUAUUAAAUUAUGCAAACUAUUGAUUUUAAGGUUUCGGUGGGCCUUGUUGGAAGAUACAGAUCAGCGUCGAUUAAUACGAAUAAGAACUUUUGUUGUGAUUCGUCAUUGGUUGACUCAUUACUGGACAUUUGAUUUUCUCGGGUCAAGGACACUUCGGUUCAUGCUGUCGACUUUCUUAACUCAGUUACAGACACACCCACUGAUUCUCGCCUCACCCAGAGAUGAACGUAUCAUCAAGAACUUAAGGACAGUAUUCAAGAGACAACGGAAACACUACUCAGAAACACACCGAAAAGACAGUGCUAUCAGUAUAUCCACUGUGCCUGUGCCUAAAUGGACAUCUAAAAUGAGACAUUCGAUUCGAAAGACUUGGGAAGACGAUAGUAAACAUACUCGGUUAUUGGCCUAUCUCACACCUUCACAACCGAGUUCGACUGUGACAACAGGCUAUAAAUCCAUUAUACUUCAGUAUCGAUCUGAAAUCAUGGCUCAACAGUUUUGUCUGAUUGAACAGGUCAUGUUACAAAACGUGACUUGGGAUGAAUUGGUUGAAUUAAGAUGGCGAAAACGAUCUUCUAAACGACAAUCAUUUGUGAUUGAUAUGGCCACACUAAGUCAAGAAUCAGACGGAGUAGAUCAAAUGAUUGCUUAUUUCAAUACGAUUUGUCAAUGGGUGGCUUCAGAAAUUGUACGCUCUCAACAAUCAGAUAUUCGCAUCAAAGUGAUUGAAAAAUUUAUUCGGAUUGCACUGAAAUGCUAUCAGCACAGGAAUUAUAGUACUAUGAUGCAAAUCUUGUUAGGUCUACAAUCACCUGCUGUUUCUCGGUUAGAAAAGACAUGGCAAAAAGUAAAUCAUUGCGAAAUCGAGCUAUUUAACCAACUGAAAGAAAUGGCCAAGCCAUUUCGAAACUGGAAGAACGUAAGGGAUUGCAUGACAGAAGCUGUUGAAGAGAUUGCUGAAUCUUUUGCUGUCGAAAGUGUCUUGACCAAGAGUCAAACCACAUUGGAUCACAAACAAGGCUGUAUUCCUUUUCUCGGCUUAUAUUUAUCUGACUUGGUAUUUGUGGCCGAACUUCCUACUUUUAUUCAAUCCAGUUGCUCAGACAAUCAUGAUAAUAUUCGAGAUAACCAGUUAUGCGAAAGACUAAACCAUCAUUUAGUCAAUUACAACAAGUUUCGUAUCACUGCUUCUGUAGUGAAACAUGUUUUGGCUUUCCAAGUCCUUUCCCGAACUUAUAAAUUCAAAAUCCAGCAUGAUCUCUAUACACAACUCCAGUCAUUGUCUUUGUUAGAUAAUGCGCAGGUUAGAGAAGCAAGUCUAAAAUGUGAAUAAAUGACACUUUUUUUUUUUAUUUUCUGGAUGCAACAAGUUCUUUACUGCCUGCAUUAUUUGCGUUUCUAGUAAAACAAUCUCGAAAAGCCUUCAUUUCUUCUUGGCAUUGACGCCAAUCUUUUGUAUCAUAAAAGCAUAAUUGAAGUGCUUCAUUCUCUUCAAAGCAACCAGUUUUUUUUAUUCUUGCAUUAUAGGGUUCUUCUUCUUCUUCUUCUUCCUCUUCUUUAUGUUUGUUUUCUGAC